CUACUGAGCGGAUCGUGUAUGAAGAAAGGGGGCGUGCUCGGUACCGAUCAGCAUUGGUCAGAAAUUGAGUGCUCCUCCUCAUUGAUCUUUAAAAGCUGCAGGAGACACACGGACCCACACGCACUCACUCCUUUACCUGCUUCCGAGUCAAGAUGUUCUGCAGACGGGCAUGGCAGAGAGUCGGGCCGCUGGCACGCAAGGUGCUCAGACCCACAUCCAGGAAUGCUCCUGUGCGACACAUGGCCUUUGGGAUUCCUGGAGGCUCCACCAACAUGACGUACUUUCUCCUGUGUGGAGGAGGCCUCACUGCGGCUGUCGUUUAUGCUUAUAAGACAGUGAAUGGUGAAAGUGAGCGCCCUGAGGACAAACUGGCAGACAUCGGCUCCCUGGCAAAGGGUCACCGAGGCACCCGCAACAGAAGCCGUCGAGGCCCCCGCAGCCGAGGCACCCGCAACAGAAGCAGCAGAGGCCCCCGCAGCAGAGGCCCCAAGUCUCUGCCAGAUCUGCUCACAGCUGUGAAGAUCUUGGCCGGCUCCACAGUUGAUAUCGCAGCCGCUUCUGUUGGUGAGACGAGUCUGGUGAAAUCUGUCCGACAAAUAGAGGAGGAUGGAAAAGAUUUGGAACCCACCCUGGAGGUGGUGGAAGUGACCACAGAGGUGGUAUCAAAGGAAGCAGCUGAGGAGGCAGCUGAAGUAGUGAUCGUGGAGGAGCUGAAGUCUGCAGAGGCUGGUGCUCAUGAAGAAGUGGCUGAAGCUCCAUCUGCUGAAGAGGGGAUGACUGAGGAGACUCCUGCUCCUGCAGAGGAGGAAGCAACUGCAUCUCCUCCAGGGGAAGGUGAGGUUUCAGGCCAUGCAGUGGAGGUGGGAGAGGUCAGCGAUGAGGAUGAGGUGCCAGGCCCUGAAGCUGCUCCAGAGGAAGCUGUCUCUUCUACAGGGGCCUCACCUGAAGUUACAGCUGAGGACAUUUCACCCACUGAAGUCUCUGUGGAAGAAACUGCAUCUGAAGUUACAGGUGAGGACAUUUCACCUGCUGAAGCCUCUGUGGAAGAAGCUGCAUCAGAGGCCUCACCUGGAGAUACAGCUGAGGACGUUUCACCUGCUGAAGCCUCUGUGGAAGAAGCUGCAUCACAGGCCUCAGCUGAGGAUGUUUCACCUGCUGAAGCCUCUGUGGAAGAAGCUACAUCAGAGGACAUAACAGCUGCUGAAGAGGCCAACACCGCUGCAGAAGCUGCUCCACUGAAUGAGACGUCACCAGUGGAGAUAACACCGGCCGCAGAAACAACAGAUGAAGCAUCAGCAGAGGACGGAGAUGAAAUGGUGUCAACACACAGUGAAGCUGUGGCAGUCGUGGACACGGCUCAGCUGGCUGCAGCCUCAACCACAGCGGAUCUAGAAGUUCUUUCUGCUGCUGAACCAGAAUCUGCAUCAGAGGCUCCAGUACAUGAGGAAGCGCACUGCCACUCCUGCCACUCUGCUCCCUCAGCUGGAGAGGAGGUGAUGCCACUGGCUGCUUUAGAAGAGGAGCUGGUCAGUGAGGGAGCAGUGGAUAUAACACAUGUGGCCAUGGAGGUGGUGUCGGACGUGGAGGGACAAAAGCCAGAGGUGUCUGUCUGGACUGUAAAAAGCUGCUCAGUGAUGUAAUAGUACAGUUAAGAAGGCAGCACAGAGACGACGAUGGUGGUGGUGACAGCCCAGUCGUGACCGGACAGACAGUGUGCCUUCUGCAGCUCUAGCCUCUCUGUCAGUCAGGCCCCGAUGAUGAUGAUCCACAUGAAAACAACAUGAAGAGAACUAUAGCCACAGGUUUAACUAACUAAAGUCUCCUUUCUGAAAAAGUAUUACACUGUUUCCUCUCUGUUCUGUUACUGUUCAGUCUGUGUUAGUUUUUGUGAAUUGAUUCCCAUAACGUCUCUUGUCCUCUAGGUGCCACUGUUGCAAAGCUUUUCAUGAGGCAGUGGAAGUGGUUUGUCGUUGUUAAAAGUGUUGUCCUCACAAUAUUUACAAGUUCAUUUCUAUGUGGGCUUGCAACUUUCCAGCUGAAAUUAUACCGAACCAGAUAUGUUUUUUCCUCACUUUUGUCAUUGUUCAAAUGAAGUUGCAGGCAUCACUAUCUUGAGAGAUGGAGACGAAGAAAAAAGUCAACAUAAUGGGGAUAAACCAGACUCAGAGUGGGAGGCCAUCUGCCUCGACUGGUUGGGGUGAGCGGAGGGAAAAAUGGGGGACAGAGGUGGGUGGA